GAAAUAAGUAGUGCGAUUAUUGAUUAAUGCGCUCCUUAAAACCGGAGUUCUAUCCAUGAAACACAAAUAAUAACCUUUUACGAACGAGAGAGAGUUUAAACUGCUGGUGCACACAUUGAAUUUAUUUUUCGAAAAAAAUUUUCUUAAGGAAUUUUGUUUUCGCGUUGACUUGAGUAAUGUUUCAUUUUUAGCAUGUCUUUGUUUGUUCCGCGAAAUCUAACGUUCGAGCCACUAAAGAUCUUCGCAAUGUACGCUUCUGAAAUUUCGUUCUCCCUUGUAUAUUUAUUUAGCUGAGCUGAAUACUCGUUUCUCGUAAGGAGUGAAAAAAAAUCACUGCAUCAAAAUCAUACCCAAAACUGAAAGACAAAUACUGAAACAAUUAGUAAAGCUAAAGAAACAGAAAAUUUGUUAAAAAAUAUUUCUUGAAAAUAUAACCCAUGGCUUAAUCACACCAACUUAAAAAGGAAUAUACCGAAUAGAAAAAAAAUGGCGCAUUUCCAUUAGUGAUGGUUCUGUUUUUAGAUAUGUUGACAAUUGAAAUCAAAUUUGCAUACUAUUACCGAAUAAUUUGCACAAUAUAACGAGUGAAAAUUUUACCGACUUUUCUUUCAAAAUGGAAAACAAACGUAAGUUCUGUGAUGUUGUCAUACAAGAAGCAAUGUUUAUCAUUAAACACGGUACGCUUGAUGAGUUUGAACGCCUGUUAGAAGAAGGCCUUGAUACUAAUGCAAUCAUAGUCGAAAAUCGUUGCAGCAAGAUGAUACACAUAGCAUCUUAUUUUGGCCGAUGUGAUAUAAUUGAAUUGCUUAUAACAAAAGGAGUUUGCGUUAGUGAAACUGAUAAACAGGGGCGCAAACCCUUACACUACGCAGCAGAAAAAGGGCAUUUAGAAAUUGUAAAGAUUUUAAUCAGAAAUGGGGCAAAUGCGAGUGCUGGAGGAAAUGGUAUAGGAUCGAAAUACUGCCAUUUUGCAUUCAGAUGUGGUCGCAGGAACAUUCUAGAAUUUUUUUUCAGUGAAGGUGGUGAUGCGAAUGAAACUGAUGAAAUUGGUUGGACAUUGUUGCACUAUGCAGCUGUGAACAAUGAUGUGGAUAUUGUGGAAUAUCUAGUUGAUAAUGGUGCUAAUAUCCAUGCAGAGCAAUUUGGUACAGGUACGAAACCUAUGCAUAUUGCAUCAGAAUAUGGUUGUGAAAAAGUUGUAGAUUAUUUUUUACUUAAAGGAGCAGGUGUUGACACAACUAAUAAAUUCUGUAACACCUCAUUACAUUUAGCUGCAUCUGAGGGAAAGCUUGAAACAGUUGAGGUGCUUUUGAAACAUAAAGCCAACAUUCAUGCUGCUGAUGAAGAUGGUAAUCAAGCAAUUCAUCUUUCUUCAAAAUAUGGACACAGAGAUGUACUAAAUUUCCUUCUUCAUAGUGGUUCCAAUGUUCAAGCUGUCGGGGAAAAUUUCUGUACGCCUCUACAUUUUGCAGCAUUAAACGGGCAUCUGAAUUUAAUUCACGAUCUUAUUGAAAAUGGAGCUAAUAUAAAUGCCAAAAACAAAUAUGGUGAGUCUUCGUUACAUUUAGCAGUCAAAUCGGGCAAUGUUAAUGCUGUAGAAUAUUUCCUCACCCUUGGAUUAAAAAUAAAUGCCCGAGAUGAUGAUUAUGGCUGGACUCCAUUGCAUUAUGCUUCGCGAUGCGGCCAUAUAGGAGUUAUUGAACUGUUAAUUAAUAAUGGUGCUGACGUCAACGGCAGAAGUAAUGGUGGCGAAAAGCCUAUUCAUGUGGCGGCUAACAAUGGGCAUACGCAAACAGUUGAGUUUUAUAUCAAUAAAGGAUGUGAUGUUAAUGAAUUAAAUACGAAAUACCAUUGGACGUGCUUACACUAUGCUUCUCGAGAAGGUUUUCUUGAAAUGGUUCAGUAUCUUUUUGAUAAACAUGCUGAUAUUCACGUUGAAUGCAGUGAUUAUGGAAAAGCUAUUCAUAUCGCUGCUAUAAUAGGACAAACUGAAAUAAUAGAAUUUUUUAUUUCUAUUGGAAUGAGCAUUGAGGAGCCCAGCAGUAAAAAAUGGACACCGCUUCAUUGGGCUUCAAAAGGGGGUAAAUUAGAAACGAUUGAAUAUUUAGUUCAAAAUAAGGUAAAUAUAUUCGCAAAGACUUAUGAAAAUUAUAGCGUGUUGCAUCUGGCUGCGAAACAUGGACACAAAAAUGUAAUAGAGUAUUUCUUGAAUUUAGGGCUUGAUUUUAACGAGCUCUCAUUUAGAGAACUCUUUUUAGCGAUCUCUGAAAAAGAAUUACAACCUCAUGUUGCGUCAGGGUACACCAAAGAAGAUACUAUCAAUGAUUUAUUUUUAGAGUAG